CAUGCGCGGAUAUAAUCUGAUAUGCGUUCACGCGAUGUUGGGAAUUGUUAAAUUUAAAAUAUUUAAUUUUAAAACUAUGAAUAUUCGUUAAAUUUACCACUUUGUGCUUCAAAAUGUUUGUGUUGGCUGAGUUAAAGGAUACUGUCCGCAUUGCUCCUGAAUUAUUCAACUUGAAGUUACCUGAAGCCAUUAAAGACGAAGUUAACAGAAAACUUGCUAAUAAGGUUCUCUUAAACGUUGGAUUAUGCAUAACUCUCAAAGACAUCGUCAAAUUGGGUGAUUCGAUUAUUUUACCCGGCGACGGGGCCUCCCAUACGGAGGUCAAUUUCCGGUACAUCGUGUUCCGGCCCAUGGUAGGCGAUGUCAUUACCGGAAAGAUCAGAAGUUGCAGCCGAGAGGGUGUUCACGUAACAUUGGGAUUCUUCGACGACAUUCUCAUCCCGCCGUCGGCCUUACAGCAUCCGUCCCGGUUUGAGGAAGCGGAACAAGCAUGGGUUUGGGAGUAUCCACUGGAAGACGGCAAGAAACACGAUCUGUACAUGGACAUUGGCGAAAGUAUCAAGUUUCGUGUAUCAGGGGAGCUAUUUGAGGAAAGCUCGCCUAUCGGUCCACCGGACCAGGAAGCGCCGAGUACCAGUACAACCACCACCGAUGCCAGUAAGACGCCCUAUCGGAUCAUGGCUGCGAUCAAUGAGUCAGGGUUGGGACUAUUAUCCUGGUGGGUCACACAGAACCAAGAGGAGGAUGGCGAAGAGGAACAAGAAGAAGUGGAAGGCGAAGACGAGGAGAUGGAAGAAGAAGACGAAUGAAAUCAAUUGUAAUCGGUAAAGACAAUUGUUUAAAAUAAGUAAGUAGAGCUGAGCUUUUCAUUAUUCAACCGUU